AUGGAUCUUGAUCAUGCAUUACGCACUGAUCCUCCCGCCGCACUUCAUGAUAGGAGUACGGCGGAGCAAAAGCGUCUGUAUGAACAGUGGGAGCGAUCAAAUCUCAUGUCCCUCAUGAUAAUUAAGAAUUCCAUCUCUGUAGCUAUUCGUGGAGCCAUUUCUGACUCAGACAACGCGAAAACCUACUUAGACUCUGUGGAAGAACAGUUUAAGGGUAUCUCUAAGGCUCAUGCAAGUACACUAAUUCUCAAGAUGUUAACUUCUAAAUAUGAUGGUAUUAGUGGUGUACGUGAGCACAUCAUGAUGAUGAGUGAUAUGGCAAAUAAGCUCAUAGGCAUGGAUAUGGAGAUUAGUGAAGGAUUUAUGGUUCACUUCAUAAUGACUUCGCUUCCUACACAGUUUGGUCCUUUUAAGAUCAACUAUAAUACACAAAAGGAGAAGUGGAAGAUGAGCGAACUAAUCGCCAUGUGUGUACAAGAAGAAAAGCACCUUAAAUUUGAAAAAUCCGAUGUUGCUCAUGUCACCACUAUAACUCCAUCUAAAAGGAAGGGUAAAAUCCUAGAAGGGGAAAGUUCUAAAGUCCGAAAAACAGGUGCAAGUACAAGCUCAGGUGUGAGUAAAUUUAAGGGUACUCCCCGUUGCAAUUUUUGCCACAAGAAAGGGCACUUCCAACGGGAUUGCGCUAAAUUCAAAGCAUGA